UGACACUUCAUCACUAAUUUAUAGAAGAUUGUGUAAAUGAUGCAUAAGCAUUUUCCUAUUAAAAAAAAAAAUGGUAAAAGGGAAAUAAAGCAAGAACCUAGAAGAUGAGGCUUCCAAACAAAUCUUUAUAUCGGAGCAAAUUCCAAUGUCCCUAAUUUUUCAACAACAAAUGAAGAGUUAGAACAAUUCCGUUUUGCAAUUUGCAGAUUUUGUUGCAAAUUGAUCACGAAACCCUACAUCUCAAUACAAACACAAACAAAAAUUCACAGUAGGAACAAAAAUCACAAAGCUUCAAUGGAUUACCCUGCUAAUUACCUACAACAGGCUUACCAUCCCUCAUCUCAAAUCCAAGGAUACGAUCAAUCCGCACAAGCUUAUUAUGCUUACCAUCAUUACGGUAAUCAACAGCAGCACGCCUAUUACGGUUACCCUCAGCACCACCAACAAGGAGAACCCACCCCACCUGGGGUUACAGUGCCGCAGCCCGUAACACAACAAGCCGCAGAACAAUCCCAGAAUUCUUAUUACUACCCACAUGCUGUUGCUUUAAAUAUGGAUCCGCAACAAGGAGGAACAGGUGGAUAUGGAGUUGGAGCAAUGCCCACUGAGUCCCACCAACCGACGUGCUUAGUCACAAGAGUCAGGCCUGGUUGAAGAUUUUGCCACUCAUGAGUAGAGGACAUUGAGCUACUUCUUUGUUUCUUGGAGCCUAGCUGUAUGGCCUCGUUAGGUCACAUUACAUAGUGUUGUGUGCAGUUGAAUGUUGAAUAGGCACCCAAACUCUCUUCUUGUAGAUGAUCUCUAAGAUGAAUCUGGUAAGAGCUUUGAAGUAAAUGAUGUGCUGCCUUUUAUGGGUUUUUUUUUGUUUUUUUUUGGUUGGUGGUAUGGAAGACGGGCAUUGAGCCUUAUGCGGAUUAUUAUAUGGAGAUUUCUUGUGAAGUAUUAUACCUUCCUUGCUAAGGGAGAUGGAUGCUUGAAAAAUUCUUGCUGGCAAUUAUAUGUGGGUCAAUCAUUCUGCAAUUGGCUGUGAGUUGAACUGGUUUGGACCAAAAGAUUGUAACAUGAGUAUAUAGUGUCUUUAUAUAUACUACAAGAAUUAAAACUGUGCAUUUUAUCAACUAGGAAUAUCAUCUUUCUAAAAAGGAUGGGCUCUUGCCUCCUUGCCCAUUAAAAAAAGCUAUUGAUCUGCUUCACAACCUCAUAUCUUGGAGAUUAAUUGAUGAAAGGAUGUUAACGCAACCAAUACAUUGAUAAAGUGGAAAAAAAAAUGCCCAUAUAAAAUUAUUUUUCCUUAAAAGGUUACAUGUGUAUGCAUGCCCUAAUAGGAAGAAUCGAGAGGAUUUUUGAAUGAAGAUAUUCAACUAAUGAAAUCUAAUUUAUUUUUGAAGUAGUUGAAUUGUUUAUAUAGUCAAUAUUUGUAUAAUUGCAAUGACCUAGCUUUCUUUUGCAUUUGAUUAGCACAUUGUGGAUUAAGAAUAUUCAUGGCAAGAAAACUGGUAGAAAGUAGUAUUAAGCUCUUAAGAAAUUACCCAGUAGUCAUUAGCACUCUAGAAAUUCACCUUGAAAUCUGUCAUUAGUGGGACUCGACAGUCAAUAUCUUCACGUCUGGUACACUGCUCAACUCUUAAAAGGGCCACGUAAUAUAUUUAUGCUUCCCAGGCUCAGAUCUCAGAAUUGAACUUGUCAUUCAGUAACUUGUUUCAUAUUAUAAAACAGUGUUUUUCUCUAUUUCUUAUUACAGCUUUAACCAUUUCGUACCUCAAUGUUUAUCUAUUGUUAGAAAGCACAUGUUCGGCCACUAUUUAUAAAUGGUCAAACAAUUUCUUAUCCAUGCAUUUUGUGGGACCACAACUACUACCCACUUAUCCAACCACUCAUUAGGGGUGUAAUAAUGGGCGCUUCGCUUCAAACCAGCCCGUAAAAAUGUGCCUAAUCCAGGGACCAGCAUGCGCCCCCAACUGUUCCAAACUUCCGAACAUAAUGUUAAUAUCUUCUGAAGACGUAAAAUUAACCAUCUAUCCUCUCUAUCCAAUUGGUGCAUUAUUUGAAGCUAUAAUUUUGUGCCUUUUUCUUGUCCACGAGUCUCUCUCACUCUGCAUGUCUUCCUUGAGUCCUCUCUCUACAUGUCUGUACAUAUAUAUGUUUCAUUACAUUUAAGCAUAUGGUUAUGUCAAUAGAUCACUUAUUGGAUGUUAGAUUCUGAUUCGUAUUUUUAUUUUGUAGUCUAGCCAGUUGCUCAGUUAAAUCCAUUUUUCAGUUCUCAUGAUGUCAUUUGUUUUUUGUUAUGGGAACUGAAAUUCCGAAUCUGUUUUCCUGUUAUUUAAUUGAGUAACAUUACCUUCUCAUGCUAUUAGUUAUUGAUUUGGUUUUGCUCGUCUGCUUGCUUGUUUG